AUGGUCCUCUCCGUAUUCUGGAAAGAGGGCAUCGUCCCCAGAACCUCCAGCGUCCUCGUAGCCAUCAUCUUUAAUGAACGGCCUCAACAUCCUCCCCGCUUACAACAAAUUUUCCAGCUCGACACCUCCAGAACCGCUCUGUCUACCGCAUCCACUUGGAUCGGUAAUGUGGUUGUGGGUAUAGCAUUUGCUAAAGUCCCGGAUUGGAUUGGAAGGAAGCCGAGUAUGUUGCUUGCUUCACUCAUUACAAUCGUGGGUGUCGUUCUUGGUACAGCGGCGCAGGGGUUUGCCAUGUUUGUCGUCUCGAGGAUAGUUGUUGGUAUUGGAGCUGGCUUUUCGUCCAUGGCAGGCCCGAUAUAUUUUGCGGAAACAUUGCCUAUAAAAUGGAGAGGCAUUGCUUUGUGUUUGAUUUUUGAUUUCUGGUACGUUGGCGGCCUCGUCGCUUCAGGAGUCACGUACGGAACAAGCGGGAUGACCUCGACGUGGUCCUGGCGUAUACCGAAUCUGCUACAGGGCUUCUUUAGCAUCGUGCUGCUUUUGCUUCUCCCCUUCCUGCCAGAAUCUCCCCGUUGGCUGGCAUCAGUCAACCGCCGUGAUGAAUGUCGCAAAGUUCUUGCACAGAUCUAUAGCAAUGGAGAAUUGGAGAAUGCCACUGUUCAGACAGAAUAUCUCCUGAUUACUGAAUCUUUGGCUGGGUCUAUUGAGUCUGAGAGUGUAUGGAAGGUGGUGGGGGAUAUGAUUAAGAAGCCCUCGGAUCGUAAGAGGACACUUCUCAUGCUUUCUGUGGCUGUAUUCUCGAUGUGGUCUGGAAACAACAUCGUUUCUUUCUAUUUGGGCGAUAUGCUGGACCAGGCCGGUAUUACAGAUUCGACAACUCAGCUUCAGAUCAAUAUCAUCCUCAACUCUUUCUGUCUGGUCGUCGCACUCAUAGGUACAGCAUCGGUUGACCGUAUCGGCCGCAAGCGCCUAGCCCUCUGGUCCACUGGCCUGGAAACCAUCUGCCUAUUCCUAGUGGGUGCCUUUACAAAGCUCUACGGCACCUCAACAAAUCCAUCCGGCAUCUACGGCACUAUAGCUAUGAUCUUUCUGUUCCAAGGGUCAUAUUCCUUUGGCUGGACCCCGUUGAGCAUGUUGUACCCACCUGAAGUCCUCAAUUUCCGGUUACGAGCUGUCGGAAUGGGUAUUUAUACAUUUGCGGCCGAGGCAGCUGGCCUGGUCACAGUGUAUGCAUUCCCUAUUGCCAUGGAUCGGAUUGGCUGGAAAACUUAUAUGAUCAAUGGCGUGUGGGAUGUUUUUCAGUUUGUGUUUGUGCUGCUGUACUGGGUUGAGACGAAGGGUAAGUCUUUGGAGGAGAUUGAUUCGAUUUUGGAUGGAGUGCCGAUUUCGACAGGAAUUGAGGCGGGKAAGGKUUUCGAGGAUGAGAAGGAGGUCCCUCAGAAUGUGAAGGAACUCCAACGACUCAUGGGUAUUCCAACAGCGAGUGAGAAUGAUCUCAAAGAUGCCAAAAAUUACUGCGCCGAAAGUGAAAAUAACACAUUUACCGCAAAUGCCAACAAUAUCGCAGAUGCAACAAGCCUCAAACCUGCCGGCAAAGAGAAAUCUAUAAGCAAUAUUCACUCCGAAAACGACACUACCAUCACCUCCGAAGAUGCCUCUGACGAAAUAACCUAUCCUGAAGGAGGCCGGACAGCCUGGCUCGUCGUCCUAGGCAGCUGGAUGUCCUGCUUCGGCUCAAUGGGCCUCAUGAACUGUCUCGGCAUCUUCCAGGCAUAUCUGGGCGAACACCAACUCCAACCAUACUCCUCCAGCAGUAUCGCCUGGAUCUUUGGCGUUUAUUCAUUUCUUGCGUUUUUCUGUGGCGUUGAAGCUGGUCCAGUCUUUGAUGCAAAGGGACCACGGCCGCUUAUAUUGCUUGGUGGAUUGGGGACUGUGGCGUUCUUAUUAUUGCUGGAGGUGUGCACGGAUUAUUGGCAUUUUAUGCUCUGUUUUGGGCUCUUGGGAGGGGCCAGUUUGUCGCUCGCGUUCAGCCCUUCUAUUUCGAUUGUAGCACAUUAUUUCCAUCGUCGAAGAGGGUUUGCGGUGGGGAUUGCAUCGUCAGGCGCUUCGAUAGGCGGCGUUGUGUUUCCAUUGUUGUUUCAACAUGUUUCUUCCAACUUGGGAUUUGCAUGGGCAACGCGAAUUAUUGCGCUUGUUGAUCUGGUCACUUUCGGUCUCGCGUUUCUAUUGAUUAGGAGACGCUUCCCAGCGAAAAGUGCUACAUUCAAAAGACUAGUUCCAGAUUUAUCAAUCUUUCGGCGGAAAGAUCUCAUGCUCGCUACAAUGGGGAUCUUCUUCAUGGAAUGGGGCUUGUUCAUCCCAUUGACAUACCUUACUUCCUUUGCGUUAGAUAUCAACAUGUCCUCCGAAUCGUCAUACUUAUUGUUAUCUCUCGUCAAUGCCGCGGCGGUUUUUGGUCGCUGGAUCCCCGGCUGGUGUGCAGAUCGACUGGGCAGGUUCAACACGCUCAUUAUAACUAUUGCCAUGUGUUUGCUCUUUGUUGCUUGCCUGUGGAUGCCGGCUCAAUCCGAGCAAGUCAUUAGCAGUGGGAGCGCGUCGGCACUGGCAAUUGCGUUUGCGGCUCUGUUCGGGUUUGCGAGUGGGAGUAAUGUCAGUCUUGCGCCGGUUUGUAUUGGGCAGUUGUGUCGGAUUGAGAGGUUUGGGAGGACUUAUGCUACGGCUUAUGUUAUUGUUAGUAUCAGCACCCUCACUGGCAUCCCGAUAUGUGGCGCUAUUCUUCAACGCUGCAAUGGACAAUAUUGGGGAUUGAUUACGUUCACAAUUGUCAGCUAUGCAGCGAGCUUGGUGUGCCUAGCAGCUGCAAAGAUAUCUCAUUGUGGAUGGAAUCAGAUGCUGGCCAUUUUUUGA